GCCAGGUGGGCGGGUCCAGGGUGUGGGCGUGGCUAGGGGGCUCCAGCGCCGCGGAACCCGAAGGUCUUGGCGCUGCGCGAGUGGGUUAGAGACUGAGUAACGAGACCGAGAAUCAACAUGGCAAAGAUGUUUAGGCGAAGCUGCCGGGUCCUGAGAAGUCUUUCUUGUUUUGACUGGAGAUUACAACAUACAAAAGCUGCUCUACAACGUGAACCAGGAUUGGGAUUUAGUUUUGAGUUCACUGCACAGCAAAAAGAAUUUCAAGCUACUGCUCGUAAAUUUGCCAGGGAGGAAAUAAUCCCAGUGUCUGCAGAAUAUGAUAAAACUGGCGAGUACCCUGUGCCCCUUAUUAAAAGAGCCUGGGAGCUUGGUUUAAUGAAUACACACAUUCCAGAGAGGUGUGGAGGUCUUGGACUUGGAACUUUUGACUCCUGUUUAAUUACUGAAGAAUUGGCUUAUGGAUGUACAGGGGUUCAGACUGCUAUUGAAGCAAAUUCUUUGGGGCAAAUGCCUGUUAUUAUUGCUGGAAAUGAUGAACAGCAAAAGAAGUAUUUGGGGAGGCUGACUGAGGAGCCACUGAUGUGUGCCUACUGUGUAACAGAACCUGGAGCAGGCUCCGAUGUAGCUGGUAUAAAGACCAAAGCAGAAAAGAAAGGAGAUGAAUAUAUUAUUAAUGGUCAGAAGAUGUGGAUAACCAAUGGAGGAAAAGCUAAUUGGUAUUUUUUAUUGGCUCGUUCUGACCUGGAUCCUAAGGCUCCUGCUAGUAAAGCCUUUACUGGAUUUAUUGUGGAAGCAGACACCCCAGGAAUACAGAUUGGAAGAAAGGAAUUAAAUAUGGGCCAGAGAUGUUCAGAUACAAGAGGAAUUGUCUUUGAAGAUGUAAAAGUGCCUAAAGAAAACGUUUUAAUUGGUGAGGGAGCUGGUUUCAAAAUUGCAAUGGGAGCUUUUGAUAAAACCAGACCUCCAGUAGCAGCUGGUGCUGUGGGACUAGCACAAAGAGCUUUGGAUGAAGCUACCAAGUAUGCCCUGGAGAGAAAAACUUUUGGAAAGCUCCUUGUAGAGCACCAAGGAAUAUCAUUUUUGCUGGCUGAAAUGGCAAUGAAAGUUGAACUAGCUAGAAUGAGUUACCAGAGAGCAGCCUGGGAGGUUGAUUCUGGUCGCCGAAAUACCUAUUAUGCCUCUAUUGCAAAGGCAUUUGCUGGAGAUAUCGCAAAUCAAUUAGCUACUGAUGCCGUGCAGAUUUUUGGAGGCAAUGGAUUUAAUACAGAAUAUCCUGUAGAAAAACUAAUGAGGGAUGCCAAGAUCUAUCAGAUUUAUGAAGGUACAGCACAAAUUCAAAGGCUUAUUAUAGCCCGUGAACACAUAGCCAGGUAUAAAAAUUAACGAGUUUACUAUACAAACAUGAUUAAUUGUUGAAUUAGAACACAAUCUACUAUUGAAUCUCCAGAAAAGAGAAAAAGGGCUUUAAGAUGUUUUUCAGUGACAUUUUAAAAUCAGUACUUUUACACUAACCCUCUGAAACUUAUAGUAGUUUUCUGCUUUUGUUUGACUUUAUGACUCACUUUUUUCAGGUUUCAUUUAAAAAGUAUUCAGAAUGUUCCAAAAUUUAUAUUGAGAAAAUAUUGUGGGAUUUGGAUGCCAUCAAAUAACAUGCCAGUGACUUUGUUGACUUAAUAGUAUUAUAUUAGAAGAGUUCAUUUAACUACAAAUUGGAAAUCAUUUGUUUUCAGUUUUAUACAAAUAUUAUCAAAAAUUUGAUGUUGGUAUUCUCCCAUUAUACGAUAACCAGAAGUUACAUGAAAAUCUUGUUUAAUUCUGAACCCACAUUUCACUUGCCUUACAUAAAGCAAAUAAGUAAAAUUUGCCUUAAAUUAUUUUAUAUGACUAAUUGGUCUCUGGGUAGACUUUGGUCUAUUGUGCACAGUCUCAUUUUAUGUGCAUACAUUAUGAAAAGAAACUAAAAUAAAAUUGUUCAAUGCUUA